AGUGGCCAUGUGAUGAGAGAUUGCGAAAGAGACAGAAUGGGAAGACCCAGAGUCCGACACACGGAGGGGGAGGCAGACAGACAGACGGACGCACAGAGAGAGGAUUCGUUACCAUGAAGAGCUGGUUGAUCCUGGUGUGGUUGGUGACCUUCGCAGGCGAUUGGCUGAAUGGGGCAGAAGGGGACAAACAGUGCCCUGCUUCCAAGGUCCCCCUACAAGCUGCUGCCCACAACUCCACAGGAGAUGAGGAGGCCAACAAUGGGAUCCGCCAGGAGGCUGUGAUUUGUCAAGAAGCUCCGCAGACCAGGGAAGGCCCUGAGCAAACCUCGGGGAAGGGAGGAGAGAAUGGGGGAGAGAGGGAGGGGCAGGAGACCCAGCAGGGGCUGGUGCAGGAAGGGCCAGGGGGAGAGGAGUCCACAGGUUGCAAAGCUGCCUCCAGCGUGACAGAGGGAGAAGGGGAGGCCGAUCAGGCUACUGGCAUGAGUGGCCCAGGAGGGGCCCCUGAGAGACAUACAUCAGAGAUCCAGAGUACCAUGGAGCUGUCCAAGGAGCCGGACAAGGAGCCGGACAAGGGGCUUGACGAGGAGUCGGCCAAGGAGCCGGACAAGGGGCUUGACGAGGAGUCGGCCAAGGAGCCGGACAAGGGGCUUGACGAGGAGUCGGCCAAGGAGCCGGACAAGGAGCUUGACGAGGAGUCAGACAAGGAGCCGGACAAGGAGCUUGACGAGGAGUCAGACAAGGAGCCAGCCAAGGAGCUUGAAAAGGAGUCGGCCAAGGAACCAACCAAGGAGCCCACUGCAGCACCCACCACUGAGGCCGCUACGGUGCCCGUUACAACACCGCAGCGGUGCCCGCCCAGUGACCCCUGGGGAAGCUGUGGGGACGACUCCAAGGAGGAGAGCUCCAGGGUGGCAACAGCGCUGACUGAUUUUGCACUGAAUUUCUAUUCGAAAUUGGUCAAGGUGGAAGGCACUGGCUCCAACGUGGUCUUCUCGCCCUUCAGUGUGGCCCUGGCACUGUCGCACCUCUUGCUGGGGGCCCGGGGCGAAACCAAAGAGCGACUGGAGUCCAUCCUCUCCUACCCCUCAGAUCUCGUCUGCGUCCACACUGCACUGCAGCGGCUCCUCAAAUCCCAGCCCUUGAUCUCAGCCUCAAAGCUCUUCCUCCGCCAAGGCCUGCACCUGAACGAAGCCUUCCGCAACCAGUCGCUGCGCUUCUACAACAGCCGGCCCCAUGUGCUCAGUGGCAACGAGACCCAGGACCUGCGAUUCAUCAACAAGUGGGUGAAAGACGUGACCAAGGGCAAGAUCAAGAGGCUGCUGAAGGAGCUGGAGCCGGACGUCCAGCUGGUGCUGCUCAACGCUGUCUAUUUCCAAUCCAAGUGGAAGACGACCUUUAAAGUGAAGAACACAGUGAAUGAGACGUUCUACCGCCCGGGCCAGGCCCCCAUCCAGGUGCCCAUGAUGACCAGCAAGAAGUACCCGCUGGCCUUCUUCAAUGACCCCAGCCUGCAGGCCAAGGUUGGCCGGCUGCAGCUGUCCCACAACAUGAGCCUCAUAGUCAUCGUGCCCCAGCACGUGUCCCAGAUGCUCGCCCAGCUGGAGCAGAAGCUGACCAAAGAGACCUUAGCUGCGGUGAUGAAGAAGCUGAUGGGUGUCCCCUUCAAGCCCACUGUGGUGAGCCUGCCCAAGUUAAAGCUGGACAGCUCCCAGGACCUCAUGGACAUCUUGGGGGAGAUGGACUACGGAAUUUUCUAUGAUUCGAACCUGUGCGGCAUCUCAGAGACAGAGGAUCUGUUGGUGACGAGUGCCCAGCACCGGGCCAUGCUGGAGCUGAACGAGGAAGGGGUGGAGGCCGCAGCUGCCACAGCCUUUUCAGUGGCCCGCACUGCCUGGGUCUUCGAUGUGCAGCAGCCCUUCCUCUUCAUGCUGUGGAAUGAUGAUCACAGCUUCCCCAUCUUCAUGGGCCACGUCAACGACCCCAGAGUGUGAACCAACCCUCUCCAUGCCCAGUGCCACUUGCAUGGUAUGCCCUGGUGCCACAGGCACUGAACAGGGUGCCCGCGGAGUGCUGCUUGGCUGUGACGCUUUUGGGGGGGGGGAAUAUCUGUCUCUCUCUCCUCCUCCGUAUAUAACCAUCCAUUCAUCCCCAUGCAUUCCCUUCUACUUCGCUAUCAAUUCCACACAGCAUUUAUCAAGGGACUGACCUGGGAGGCAGUGUAGCCUAGUGGUUAGCACGGUGUACUGGGACUCUCAGAGACCUAGGUUCUGCUGCUAGGCGUCCUAGAUCAAGAGACAUUCUAGCUCUAUGCCUCAGUUUCCCCAUCCACAAAAUGGGGAUAAUGAUCCUGACCUGCUCUGUAAAGCACUAAAGAUCUGCUGAUGGAAAGGGCUGUAGAUGAGCUAGGGAUUGUUAUUAUUAUCUAUCCAUGCAUCCCCAAUACGUAGCUUCUAUCUAGCUAUCUCCCAAUACACCCCAUUCAUCAUCACAGUCUGGUCUCUCUGGAUUUUCCUUCUGUCUCCCUCUCUCUCUUCUCCCCUCAGCCCCUUUGUUCCUCCCUCUCCCUACUUGACUGUCUGUAGCCUGUGACCAUCCCAGGCUCGGAUCUUCUGAAAUGUACAGGGAAGAGCUGAUCUGUGGGGGGGUCCCUUCUCCCCACUCCCUCAACUCUGUCCCCCUCACAGCAGCCGCUGCCUCUUCCAACAGUAAAUAAAGUCUGAAAACUUUG